CAACUCUGGGUUUAUAUGCAAUAGAGGAAUAUCUUCUGGGGCUGGGAAGGGUUAUUGGAUUCAACGUCUUUGAUAAGUUUUUCUUGUCUUUAUAAACGGGAGCUGACUUGUCUCUAAUGGCUACCUUAAUAGCAAGAGCAUUUGGUUCCAUUAAAUCGGCCAUCGCUUACUGUUUCUUUGGUGAUCGACAGAAAAGAAAAGGCAUAAUCACCAACAUCAAUUACUACAGCAUGCCUAAGGCUCGACCACUUUCCUUGCAGACGGUGGACCUCAAAGUCAGGAUGUGCUGCACUGGUUGCGAAAGAGUAGUCAAAAACGCCAUUUACAAGCUUAGAGGGAUCGAUUCGGUGGAAGUCGACAUAGAGAUGGAGAAGGUGACCGUGAUCGGAUACGUUGAUCGGAACAAGGUUCUGAAACGAGUGAGGAGGGCAGGGAAAAGGGCUGAAUUCUGGCCUUACCCUGAUCCUCCUUUGUACUUCACCACAACCGCUGAAUAUUAUAAAGACACGACCAAUGAGUACAGAGAGAGUUAUAAUUAUUACAGGCAUGGAUACAACUUAGGACACAGGCAUGGUAACAUACCUGUAACGAUUCGUGGAGACGACAAAGUCAGUAACUUGUUCAACGAUGACAAUGUGAAUGCUUGCUCUCUCAUGUAGCAAUAAAUGUAUAUGUAAAUUGAAUUUGUGACAUUAAUUCACCAUGAUGGAUCAAUAACUGAGUGUGAAAAGAAUUUCAUCAUUGUGGAUUUAAUUAUUAAUAUAUGUAGCUUUUGUUAAAAGUAAUCUAUAUAUAUAUAUUUCAUC